GGAUUCAGUUUUCGGCCCAAAACCGAACUCGGCUUGGUUAUCAGUCACUCAGCUUGGCCUUUGCCUAAAAACACUCAAAAAUCGUUCGUAGAAGAUGGCAAAUAAGUGCCGCUGCGGUGCACUGACUCUGGGCGGGGAGAACAGGGGUGUUUUCUGCGAGGGUCCCCUGCUGGAUGCUGUCCAGAGGUCAAAGUUGUUUCCCGACUGCAAACACUUUGUGGACAUGAGCUGCAUUUUCACACCUGCCCAAACGCUGGCCGACUUCAAUAUGUUCAGCAAUUGCCGCAAGAACGAUGGCUCCCUGAGGUUCCUGCAAAUGUUUGUCGAGAAACACUUUAAUGAUCCAGGUUCGGAGCUGGAACCCUGGGUUCCGCCGGAUUGGAAGGCCCAGCCCUCGUUUCUCAUCAGGAUCUCUGAUCCCGAAAUAAAACAGUUCGGAUCGGAUGUCAAUCGACUGUGGAGGCAGUUGGGGCGGCGGAUUAAAGAUGAAGUCAAGGAGAACCCCGAUCACUAUUCCAUACUCUACACCCCCAACCCUUUUAUAGUACCCUCCUCGGAUUGUCGGGAGUAUCGCUAUUGGGAUUCGUUUUGGAUUGUUCGGGGCUUACUUCAGUGUGGCAUGCAUCAAACAGCUCGUGGAAUGAUAGACAACUUUUUGUCACUGGUUCAGCAAUAUGGUUUUGUGCCUGGAUGUGGAAGGAUUUACUGUUCGGGUCGCACGAAUCCGCCUCUCUUGAUAAUGAUGGUCAAGGCCUAUGUGGAGGUGACCAGGGAUGAGAAGUACGCCAUUAAAUCAUUGCCCCUAUUGGAGACCGAGUACGAUACCUUUAUAAGCAAACAUUCGGUUCAGGUGAAAGGCAAGACCAUGUAUCAAUACAGGGAUUCUUCUGCGGGUCCGAGACCCGAGGCUUAUAGAGAAGAUCUGGAGAGUGUGGCCCGCAUUCAGUCUCCUGUGUCCCGUGAGGUUAUGUACACUGAACUCAAGUCGGCCUCCGAAUCUGGCAUGGAGUUCAGUUCUCGUUGGUUUGUCACUGCUGAUGGUUCCAAUGAGGGAUCCCUCAGGGACACCAAAACCUCUGCCAUUGUGCCCGUGGAACUGAAUGCCAUCGUCUUUCGAAGUGGCAAGAUUCUAGCAGAGUUCAAUCGCAAGGCGGGCAAUACCCAAAAGGCCGAUGAGUAUCAGGAUAAAGCCUGUGCUUUGGUAAAGGCCAUUAGGGAUAAUCUGUGGAACGCCCAGGCUGGGAUUUGGCUUGACUACGAUCUGGUAAACAAUAAGCCUAGGAACUACUUCUGUUGCACCAACUUUGCUCCAUUGUGGGCCAGGGCCUUUCCCCUGGUGGACACCGAUAAGGUAUCCAAGGGUGUGAUCCAGUACAUCAGAACCAACAACUUGGAUGAGCAGUAUGGGGGCGUACCGUAUACGAUGAACAAGGAAUCGGGCCAAAAGUGGGACUACCCCAAUGUCUUCCCGCCCAUGAUGUUCCUGGUCGUCGAGGGACUAGAUAACCUGGGCACUCCGCAGGCCAAGGCCAUGUCCAAACGGUGGGCCCAUCGCUGGGUGAAGUCCAAUUAUGCAGCCUACAAGUACGAAAGCUUCAUGUUCGAGAAGUACUUCUGCGAGGAAUUCGGCACUUCCGGAGGGGCUUGUCCAGAGCACACUCCAGUGGGUUACGGCUGGACCAACGGGGUGGUCAUCGAGUUCCUCUGCAAGUACGGAAAGGACAUAAGCCUGGCCGACGACCUGGACGAGGGGUGCAAGUGCAAGGCCCGAGGGGAGAAGACGGCCAGGGGCAACGAGUACAUCAUCACCAGCGAGGCGAACAUGGAGGAGCAGCCUUCCAAGAAGUCCUGUAUAUGUGGUGCUCCCUCUGCAGUGGGUGCCGCAUCCAACAAAUCCUCCACUGGCACGAGUACACGCAACUCUGGGAGUAAUGGUCACCAGAAGCAGCAGACGGAUGAUGGUUGCUCCUGCGGCAUUGCCCAAAAGCAAAGAUCUCAGGCGCAGCAAGGACAUGCAGGAUUGGAUGGAAGCUGCUCCUGUGGGCCAGGAGCAGGCCAGCAACAUCAGAAAUCACAGCAGCAAGUGCAGGGUAGUAAUGCAGGAGGCUGCGGAGUUUGUGGACCACAGAAACAGCAACAGCAAGCCAAAAAUGCAGGGAGCUGUGGCGUUUGUGGAUCUCAAAACCCACAGCAAUCCCAAGCUCAAAUGCAGAGAUCACAGAUGCAACCAGGACAACAUGGACCUGAUUGCUCAUGCGGAGCGAGAUCCCAGCAGCAACAGCCAGGAAUGCAGGGCAGGGAUUGCUCCUCCUCGGCAAAAGGGGCUCCAAGUGCCGCCAGUUGUGGAGUGUGCGGAACGCAGAAACACCAGCAAUCGCAGACGCAAAUGCAGCGAUCUCCUCCAGAUCAGGAUUGCUCCGGCGGCAUAGGAUCUCAGCAGCCACAGCAGCGAACUCUGGGAGUGCAGCACGAUCCGGAUUGUCCUUGCUCCGAGCAGCACCAAAAGGGAGCUGGACUCAUUGUUGUACCACGACAGCAACCACUCAAAGAGGACGACUGCGAGUGCUCCAUGGACGAGCGGGAGUUGCAGCAGAUGCAGCAGCAGCAGAAGCAACAGGAUUGCAAGCAGCAGCAGCGGCAACAGCAACAGGAGUUCCAAAGACAGCAGCAACAGCUGCAGUGCGAACAGAAGCAACAGGAUUGCACCUCGAAGCCACAGCCGCAGGAUUGCUCGCAUCAUCUCAAGAGUCAGCAGCAAUCAGAGGGACCAUGUGGCUGCAUGGGCGAGGAGGACCCAAAGGAGCAACAUGAUCAGGACCCCCUGACGGGUCACUACUUCCCAGUGACCGACAAGGUGGACGACGGGUGCCCCGCGGAAAAGGAGACGCCGAGGGACUCCGAAUGCGAUGGUUGUGGCAGGAAUGAUUGCCCGGAUCCUCCGCAAGAGGAUUGCGGUUGCAAUGGUGGAGCGGAGAAGAUGCAGCAGGCUCCCGUUCCGGAAUGCGCUCAGCCGAAGCCACAGCAAUACGAAGCUCCAGAGGAUUGCGCUUGUUCGGCGGGUCAAGGUCAAGGUCAGGUUCAAGGAAGAGCACCACCACCACCACCACCAGCACCACCCGCCAGCUCUAUAUGUCCCCAUUGUGGAGGUAUCACAACUGAAUCCCAGACCGACUGGCGCUCCACCCAUUCGGUGGGCACCAACCGACCCUCGUUUCCCCAUGAUGAUGAUUGUGAGUGCUCCAAGGGAGGCGGAGGAGCCGGUGGUGGUCAGCAGAUGCGUGGCAUGGGUGUCCAGAGUGGUAACAGCAAGGGAGUGAUGACCGGUGGUGGUGGCCCCGAAUGCGGUCCCUGCAAGGCUCACAUGCCCUCCGAUUAUCCGGCGGAACGUGGACCCAAACCGUUAUAUAACAAACAGUUCCCACUGGCAGAUCCCGUCAGCAUGGCCGGAGCAUGUCCACCCAAAACCGAGACUACCAAGAAGAAGAAGUGCUGCAACUGUGACGAAAAAGAGGAAAAUGAUUAGAUCUACUUCAUCUAAAGAUCCCCAUCCUAGAGGAACAAGCGAAGGCCUAACUGAAGAACUGGAACUAAAUUUUAGUGUGUCAAAUUUGUAAUGGUUUUUCCAUAGUAAGAUCCUAACAUCUGGCCAUCUAUCAAAUAUAAUUGAUUAUUUUACUUCCUUGAAU